GCCUGUUUUAAUCAGCAGUUCCUGCUCUGGUGGCUCCUUGACCAUCAAAUGGACGGUGCCUGAGGAUGAUGGUGGCUGUCCAGUGAUCCGCUACCGCAUUCUUCGAGAUGAUGUGGCCACUGGCACAGAGGUGCCAUCAACCACAGUCUCCUACUUUACAGCAGGUUUAGAAUGCGCCACCACAUACCGUUGGAGCAUCCAAGCUAAGAAUUGCCUGGACACCUGGGGGAGCGACUCGCCCUAUUUGGAGACCUAUACGGCCUCUUUGCCAGGGCAGGUCACAGGUCUUAAUGCAACCCACGUGUCUUCCACCGAACUGCUCUUCAACUGGAUGCCACUUCUGGGAACCACAGAGAUUGGUUCCACGGAUUUUUCGAUCCUUCGAGGCUAUGAGCUUUGGAUGGACGACGGCCUGGGAGGGAAGUUUAGCCGAACCUAUGAUGGAUACAACAAGCCCUUUGAGACCUACUUUGUUGCCACCGGGCUAGUGCCAGGGCGUGUCUAUCGUUCUUAUGUGCGUGGCAUCAACCUGGUGGGUGCGGGUCCAGACUCUGACGUCUUGUACCGCGCGAUGGCUGUGGAGCCUUCAGCUCCCAGCGGCCUGCAGGUGGAAACGGCCGGUGCUGAGACGGUGCUUUGCAGCUGGAAGCCUCCCCAGGACAAUGGCGGAGAGCCAGUUUUGCACUACGUCUUGGAGUAUGCACCCGAGCCUCUCUUCAACACCUGGCAGGAAGAUGGGCCAUACCCAGACAACACGCAGUUCACCAAGCAGAUCUUUAAUUUGAACCAGGGAAUGGUGUAUCAAUUCCGCAUCCGAGCAGUGACCAAUGCUGGAGGCGGUUCCUAUUCCAAUGUGGUUUCCCAUGUCGUUGGAACGGCACCACUGUCAGCACCUAGUGGUCUCACGCGAGCAGCCACCACAUCAGUCUCAAUGACAUGGGCCUGGCUGCCGCUCGCAGCGUCAGAGACUGGUGGUGCGCCACUUGGUGGCUACCGGCUGUACAUGAACACUGGCCGGGACGAUGUGACGGCCUUGGUGUAUGACGGCAGUGACAAGCCCUCGGCCACGGAGUUCACGGCGACGUCUUUGGUUUGUGGCCGAAUUUACAAGGCGGAGGUCUCUGCUGUGACCAGCAUUGGCGAAGGCCCGCGCAGUAGCAUCGCCGCCUUCAAGUUGGCUCGAACCCCAUCGCAGCCGGAGCUCCUGGAGGACUUGGCGGGAAAAGAC